AUUAUACUUUACACUUUAGAACAUUAAUGUCUCUGAUUUUACAUAUUUAAAUAAAAAUAAAACAUUAAUACUUCAUUAAUUUAUUUUGUAUUAAAUAUUUAGGUAUAUAAUAUUUCAAAAUACUAACAAAUCUUUAAAUAGUUGUUUUAUUAUUUUUGAAUGUGUUCCGUUUAAUAUAAUGCCAAGCAGCGUAAAUUCUUUCCGUUCGACAUCAUCUUUGACAUAUUUGCCUUCACCAGUAACACAGCGAACAUGUAUGUCUGCUGCUGUAAAACGAUACCGCUACUUGCGGAAAUUAACAAAUUUUAAACAAAUGGAUUUUGAGUUUGCACUGUGGCAAAUGACAUUUUUGUUUAUCAAUCCACAGAAAGUAUAUAGAAACUUUCAACAUAGAAAAGAAACAAAAUUGCAAUUUGCUCGUGAUGACCCUGCAUUCUUGGUACUUUUAAGUGGAUUACUAUGUGUUUCAUCAAUAGCAUUUACUUACGUUUUAAGACUUGGUUUCAUUGAAUUUUUAAAAUUUUUAUUAUAUAUUGUAACAGUUGACUGUUUGUUAUCCGGUGUCAUAAUAAGUACAGUGUUAUGGUUAGUAGCUAACAGAUAUUUAAUUAAAUCCAACUACAAAGGUCAAGAUGUUGAAUGGGCUUAUGCAUUUGAUAUACAUUUGAAUGCUUUUGUACCAACAUUAGUUAUAUCUCAUAUAUUUCAAUUGUUUUUCUAUCACAUAUUUCUCAGACAUGAUUGGUUUUUACCUUUAUUUAUUGGCAACACAUUAUGGCUGAUAGCUAUUGGUUAUUAUUUGUACAUAACAUUUUUAGGAUACAGCUGUUUACCUAUUUUGCAUAAAACUGAAGUAUUAUUAACUCCGUUUAUUCUGCUGUUUUUUUUAUAUAUAUUAUCUUUUGCAAUAAAUUGGAAUAUAAGCGACAAUGUUAUGUCCAUAUACAAAUACAGAAUUCUAUAACACUAAAAUUGAAUAUAUAUUAUUUUUAAUUCUAUAAAAAAAAAAUGUAUUUUUUCCCAAUUAUAUGUUUAAAGAAUAUUUUA